UGGACCAAUCACUGACAACGCUGAUGUAAACAAGGAACUGGCUACUGCAACCGAGCACAAAUACGAGAAAUGAAAGUAUUGGAGAAUGGAGGAAAUACAUAGGAAGAUUCUUCAGCGCAACAGGACCAAUCUCGUGAGAGACUUGGACCCAUUAAAUCUCUACGAUGGCCUUCUUGAAAAGGAAAUUUUCACCCAGGACAUGAUCGAUGACAUACGGAGCUCUGGGACCAGACGAGACCAGGCCAGACAGUUAGUCCGGGACUUAGAGACCCGUGGGAGUCGGGCCUUUCCAUUAUUUCUGGAAUGCCUUCGGGAGACGGGUCAGCACAGUUUGGCAGAGCUCCUGCAGAAUGGAGCUCCAGCAGUUCAACCACAGCCUGCAGCACCCACUCAGAUUGUUCACACUGUUGUCUUGCCCCUCCCAAUCUCCUCUCCAAUGGAUGUUGAUAAGCAAAGAAAAGAUGACGUCCCAGUCUAUCCAGUACAGAGACCCCAUACUACUCCCAGUCCAUCACCUGAAAGGGAGUACAUAAGACCAAGUCCCCAAGGCAGAACUCGACAGGAUAGUAUUCAGAGCUACAAAAUGGAUGCCAGCCCAUGCGGACAUUGCCUCAUCAUAAACAACGUGGAGUUUGAACCUCAGAGCGAGCUGAGCAAUCGCAAAGGGUCCAACAUAGACUGUGACAAGCUGGAGAGAAGAUUCAAGAAACUGAACUUUAUUGUGGACGUUAAGUCCAACCUGAAGCAAAAGCAAAUCAAACAUGCACUGUCAGCUUUGUCUAAGAAGGACCAUUCACAAUAUGACUGCUGUGUUGUCAUCAUGCUGUCCCAUGGGACUGAGGUGAGUCACAGCCGCUUCCCUGGUGCUGUGUAUGGUGUGGAUGGACAGUAUGUCCCAGUUCAGCACAUCACAAACUACCUCAAUGGCCAGCAUUGUCCAUCGUUACAGAGCAAACCCAAACUUUUCUUCAUCCAGGCCUGUGGAGGAGGUGAAAAAGACACAGGAUUUGAGGUGUCGCCUGAUGAGGUCCAACCAUCCAUCGGUGGGACUGAUGAUCAGAUGGACGCCAUUCCAAUGUCGUCCAGCAGUGACUCUCUGAGCAUGUCUGAUGAACCGGACGCCAGAGCCACACUGCCCACCCCGAGUGACAUUCUGGUGUCCUACUCUACUUUUCCUGGUUACGUGUCUUGGAGAGACACCCAGUCGGGUUCCUGGUAUGUCGAGACACUGGACUGUAUUCUUGAGGAAAAUGCUGCUACCCAUGACUUGUCCACAAUGUUGAUGAUGGUCAACAAUGAAGUCUCCCAAAUCUCUGCAAAAGGGCUCUACAAGCAAAUGCCUGGUUCCUUUAACUUCCUCCGCAAACUUCUCUAUUUUCAAAGCUAGCCAUAAACAAAGAGUUAAUUUAACACUUCUCAGUUUCACUUUCAGGGAAUGCUAUGUAUGUAUGGUAUGGAGUAAAAUUUCUUGGGCUUAUGUCUCUGGCAGAGUUGCAAAGUGAAUGAAUUUGCUUAAUUGUGGUUGUACUUUUUAGUGGCUUAAUCAUGUCUUACUGUACAUUUCUGUUGUUUGUCGUGUCUUGCUGUUUUUCAGUUAAGGUUUUUAACUGUAAUUGUUUUUGAUAUCCUUGCUGUCUUAUCAACACAUAGCAGCUGUACAUUUUCAAGAGUGGACAAUCAACAUAAUGUUCAAUGUGUACUCUGCAAAUCUAUAUAAAAUACUUUGGUGACUCUUA